UCCCCGGCGAGCCACACUGUGCGGAGCACGUGCGAACCGCGAGGCCGAGAGAAGUGCACUAUCGAUCGCGUCUCUCUCUCGGCUGUAAUCUCGAGAAGCGUGUCCUUCUCGUUAGCACGAUAUUCAGCCGGACGGCAGGAGGAAUCCUGACAUUUCGCAAAUGUCAACCGCAGCCAUUGGCGUAACUUCCGCGUAAUCGGAGCGUGAUGAACGAUAAGAGAUCAACUCGUGCUUUUCGUGCUGAAACCAUACUCCGUUCCCUCUCUUCUGCGACGAAUCGAAAGUGACAAACGCGUUGAAAGCGAUGCUUCGAGACACGUGAUUCUAAGGACCGAUCAAAAGCUAGAUAGACUCGACGUCUUCGGUUCCAGGGAUUCCAAGAAAGCAAGGAAAUCUCGUCAUGGAUUGGAUGAGGAGACAGGACGUCAAGGAGGAGCCGCAGGAAGCUCCUAACACCUUGACACCGGAAGACGACGAUGAGUAUUGCUUCGAGGAAGACACAUCGAUAGACGAGGGAAUGGGUCUUGACAAUGUGAGCUCGGCAACUCUCAGGCCCUUUAACUCGGACAUCAACACACCGAGGAUCGACAGCUACAGGUUCUCCAUGGCGAAUCUCGAAGAUUCCCAGGAUGUCGACCUGGAUGCGAUCCUCGGUGAAUUGUGCGCCUUGGAGCGACGUUGCGACGGGGACAUCGCCGCUACUCCCGCACCAGAUUCACAAAGGCCAGGACGACCCACCAGCGCAAGAAUCAACCCAGGCGACAACACUGACAUCAAAAAUGAAGGAGGUAUGCGCACUGAUAGUCCUGAUAAUGACAGUGCGUUCUCAGACACGGUGUCCAUGUUGUCCAGCGAAAGUUCGGCGAGUAGUAGUGGUUCCGGACAUAAGCCACCUCAGACCGCCAUGCACACAGCUCCUCAGCAGCAAUCGCACCAGUUUGUCGAUACUGCGAGCAAAGCGAAGGCAGAGAAAAUCCGCCUGGCGCUGGAGAAGAUGCGCGAAGCGAGCGUACAGAAGCUCUUCAUCAAAGCGUUUACGCUGGACGGCAGCGGUAAAAGCCUCUUGGUCGACGAAGGGAUGAGCGUCGCGCAUGUGUGUAGGUUGCUCGCAGACAAAAACCAUGUUCCAAUGGAUCCGAAGUGGGCCGUGGUCGAACACUUGCCCGAUCUGUUCAUGGAGAGGGUUUACGAGGAUCACGAAUUAUUAGUGGAAAAUCUUCUACUAUGGACCAGGGAUUCCAAAAAUAAGUUGCUUUUCGUCGAAAGACCGGAUAAAACACAGCUAUUCCUCACACCCGAGCGAUUCCUUCUCGGUCCCACAGAUCGCGGCGGUGGCGAGUAUGACGACCACUCGAGAAAUAUUCUAUUAGAGGAGUUCUUCUCAAGCAGCAACGUCGGCGUACCCGAGGUCGAGGGUCCGCUGUACUUGAAAUCGGACAGCAAGAAGGGUUGGAAGAGGUAUCACUUCAUUUUACGAGCCUCCGGUCUUUAUUACUGGCCGAAGGAAAAGGCGCGCACCGCUCGAGACCUCGUCUGUCUGGCAACCUUCGACGUUAAUCAGGUUUAUUACGGCGUUGGCUGGCGAAAGAAAUACAAAGCGCCUACCGACUUUUGCUUCGCCGUAAAGCAUCCACGACUGCAACAGCCCAAAUCCACCAAGUACAUUAAAUUCCUCUGCGCGGAAGAUAAUGCAUCUUUGGAGCGAUGGAUGGUUGGCAUUCGCGUGGCGAAAUACGGCAGGCAGCUAAUGGAAAAUUAUCGGGCGCUCGUGGACGAGCUGGCACAGGAGGAUUUGGACUUACUGGCACACGCCAGAUCGUGCUCGGUCAGUUCAAUUGCUGCACCGCCAAAUCAGACCCAGUAUAAUACGACAAAUGACAACGCCAGACAGUUUGCGGAGAACGUAAGGCACAGCAACGAAACGACAGUUGCUACGACGCGGCAAUACGACGGUCAAAGACAGAGUUAUAAUUCGGAACAACGGCAGAGCUACAACAACGAAGGCAGGCUGAGCAGAGCGAGCAGUUCUAGCUCCAGUGGAUGUUUGUCUGACGGGGCACCGAGUAGUUGUGAGGUGGCCUUCGAAUGCGGUGAAUUUCCAACCGGUACGAUAAAGCGGAAGCCGUCUAUGAAUCCGAAAUUGCCUCUUACAUCAAUUACGAGGCAAUUGAAGGAGGUCGGCGAAACUGUUCGAGAUGAACCAGACUCCUGUCCAAGCCCGACAAGUUCGGGAUCCGGUACGCUGACUAGAAGGCACAGUCGUCGACGAAGUGGCACUGAUUCCGACGGGUCCGGAACAUUGAAAAGACAUCAUAGAUCUGGAAAUGCGACACCAGUCAGCCCAGUACCUCCUGGCACGCCAGUGAGAGAGAGAGCGAGUCCUAUGGGAUACAGCAGAUCGGAGAGUCAGGAAUCGAAAACGCCGACGAGUCCGAUACAAACGUGCAUGAUGGAUUCGAUUACCUCGCUGCCACCGCCACCAUCGCCGUCGAGAGUUGCCGAAGAAGUUGAGUCCGAUAGCGAACCACUUCCGCCACCACCUCCCGAAAUGUUCCGAUCGAAUCUCUCGCUGGACUCUCUGCCACCGCCGCCAGCGCCCGGUGAACUUCCGGUUUGCAACACGCCGGAGCUUACGGGUUCCUCGUUGAGUCUCGCGUCUCUACCGCCACCGCCCAGUCCGCUUGUCGGCGAAACCGGAACGAUACGUCGCGCUAGACCCAAACAGUCCACCCCUACGAACUCUGUGACUCCCGAGAGCACACCCACGCAUAAUCCUAACCCCAGGUCACAAGCCAAUCAGAUGUACACAAAUAGUAUCGCGUUAAACAGCAACUCAGUCCAGAAUUACAAUUCGAACGCGUCCCCGAAUGCUCAUGCGAACAACACCGCCAAUUCCGUAUCCUCUCCGCACAGUUCCUAUCCAGAAUCGACGGCAAGUACGCCGACCUACACCCCAAACUCGCCUAAUUUCACAACGCCACCACCCUUCGUACCACCGCCGGCUUAUGGUGCUCAACCGCCACUUACCAAUUCCCAGAGUCUCGGUCGGCAAAAUUCCAAGGUUGAAUCGAUAUAUCAGACCGGUCAUCAUAACACGAUCCAGCCGAUUAGGCCAAAUCCCAACAUGGAUACCGUCCGACGCAGUGCUAUGAAACAAGGAACUGGUCAUUACGCAGCACCACCUUAUCUGGCCGAAUUAAAGGCCGCCUCCAGUCCACAGCCGCAACGACGAGUGACUAUCCAAGAACCACCGACGUCGCCCAAGUCGAAGACCGGAACCGGCAAGAAGAUCUCAUUCAAUCUGCCACCCCAACAGGAACCCGGCAGUCCCGCAUUGCCGCAACGGAAGCCGACGCCGCCUAGAAGAUCCGACAGCACCAGGCUUACGUCACCGAAGAAGCUGGCAGCGUCUGAUCAGGCGCCGCCGGGCGAUUUCCUCAAAGAUCUCCAGAGAGUGAUGAGAAAGAAGUGGCAAGUUGCUCAGAAGUGCAAGUUAGAUUCAACGACGACACCGCACGAGGUACUCGGUUUUCGAGAUCCACCGCCUGCCGUGGCCGACUACAGGGAGACCAACGUGUCCAAUUGGGUACAGGAACAUUAUGGCGCGGAUAAUCUGUAUGAGAAUGUAUACGCGACAGAUCCCCACGGACCGGUCGAAUACGCGUCCAGCCCGGCCAGACAGACGGUGAGGUUCGCAGAUGAAAAUCGCAGCAUGAACAUUGUUAAUGCAAUCGCCGGCAAAAGACGGCCGCCACCACCACCGCCCAAGAGGGCCGAAACCACGCAUCUUACCACCACCAGGGCGAUGCACUGACAAUAGCAGAUAAUCCAGCCCCAUCCUGAUAGGCGAUGGUAUUGCUGUCUUUGCGGCUGGUGGAAGGAGUGAGAACGAAGGCGGGAGACGGCUUCGUCAAUGCAACGUUUAGUCAUUGUUUCGGGAUGCCAGAUACAUCGAAUUCAUCGUUCUAAUUUGCUAGAAUCUUCAAUGGAAGAAAAAACUUUGGAAGAUAUGCUUCUUCAGGAAAAAAUAAACUGUAUGGUUUCGUUGCCGGACUCUGUGCUGGAUUUCGAGAGUCGAAUGAGAAAUCGAGAGAGAAGAAAUUGUUUGGACACGUGGCACGUUAAAAAGAGAAUAUUCGUUAAUUCAAUUCUAAACGGUUCUGUAGAAUUGAAUUGACAUAAUUUAUCUAUAUGGAUAUCAAUGAGAAAGAAUCGCUCAAAUUAUCAACAAUGAAAUUACGAAAAAUUAGAGAUUAUCAUGACAAAUUACAAGUGCAAGAGAAUGAAUGUCGAUGAACCGUCCUUACCAGAAGUUCUCCUUGACCCGCGUAAAGCAACUGCCGCUUGGAGCUGAACCAGAAGAUGAAUGAUGCUCUUUUGAAUCGAGCAACGAACUGAACUGAAUUCGAGCCCGCGACAGAGAUUCGAUGGCGUUAUGGCCGAUCAAUACAUAUGGAACACUGCCGCACAUACGAAGGAUGUGAUAUAAAUCUUAAGCAUUACGCCCAUGUUUUCGCGAUCUAAAGAUUGCAUGAGGAAGAAGAGGAGACGAUAAGAAGCAACGCGACAAAACACACGAUUUUUUUAGGCAAGACGUAGAGACUAACUGACGAUUUUAUGCAGAAUAAAGAGUUCUGUUUGUACGCAAAUUUUAUAACCGCUAACUGCCUCGUCUGCGAUUUUCUCAAAUAUACUUGGAUGUGAUAUAAAAUAAAAAUAUAUAUAUAUA